CCAUUCUUUCAUCAGUUCAGCUUGUCUGCACUCUAAUUUUCAAUGUUGGCAAACAUUGAAAACAUUCCUCCUUGUCACUUCAUGCUGAACUUUGUUAUAUUGUGGCUGUGGACCAGGUCAUACAAUGGACAAGGCAUGGUCAGUCCUUUCAAAAAGGCACGGUCAACCCUUUUUAGAGUGAAAGCUGAGUGACUGGUUUGUUGAAGCUGAACGACACUGUACACGUCAUCAGAACAAUUGAGCUCAACGCUGCGUCAGUCGGGGAAGGAGAAACCAUGUUUGACUACUGUUGUUAAAUGUGGCUGAAAAUUACAGUGCAGACACAGUCUCUCUUCUUCGCCAGUCUCUCAUUCUUACUCUGAUUUAGGAUUGCAACCAUUUAUCCUGACCCUAGCUUUUUCUUUCCUUCACUGAUUUGUUGUGUUUGAAAACUGAACUGCUGGGUAUACUUUUUCAGUUUGAGUUCAGCUGCUAUUGGUCUAUCAUCUGUUCACUGGGAUCUUAUAAAUACAAUUAAACAAUGAAGUAUUGACUCAGGAGGAAGACUGUCACACAGCGAAUUGGAGGGAACUGACUUCAGUGGAGUUAACCUGGCGGUAGAGGAUACCAUUCUAAAUCCAGCUUCUGAUUUUCUAACUGGAUGAUUUCAGUUAAACUGGGAUGGUGAGUGGGAUUUUUACUGGUGUGAUGUCAGCUGGCUUCGGGAAAAUUUUGACCAUACCUACAUGGAUGAACAUGUUCGCAUCUCCCACUUUCGGAACCACUAUGAACUGACUCGGAAGAACUACAUAGUGAAGAACCUGAAGAGGUUUCGGAAGCAGAUAGAGAGAGAGUUGGGAAAGCUGGAGGCAACAAAAUGUGACUUUUUCCCCAAGACCUUUGAGAUGCCCUCAGAGUACCACCUCUUUGUGGAAGAAUUUCGCAAGAAUCCUGGCAUCACCUGGAUUAUGAAACCCGUUGCCAGGUCUCAAGGGAAGGGCAUUUUUCUGUUCCGAAAACUCAAGGAUGUCAUUGACUGGAGGAAGGAUGGGAUCCGUACAGAUGAUCAGAGAGAUGAAACUCAAGUAGAGAAUUAUGUAGCUCAGUGCUAUAUUGAAAACCCAUAUUUAAUAGGAGGUCGAAAGUUUGACUUGAGAGUUUAUGUUCUAGUGAUGUCUUACAUUCCCCUGAAGGCCUGGCUAUACCGGGAUGGCUUUGCUCGCUUUUCCAACACACGCUUCACGCUGAGUAGCAUAGAUGAUCAUUAUGUGCAUCUCACCAAUGUAGCAGUGCAGAAGACUGCACCUGACUACGAUCCAGAGAAGGGCUGCAAGUGGACGCUUCAGCGGUUCCGACAGUACCUGACUGCCAAGCACGGGGCAGAAGGGGUGGAGAUUCUCUUUGCAGAGAUGGACAACAUUUUCAUCAAGAGCCUACAGAGUGUUCAGAAAGUGAUCAUCAGCGACAAACACUGUUUUGAACUGUAUGGAUACGACAUCCUCAUAGACCAGGAUCUGAAGCCCUGGCUUCUUGAGGUUAAUGCUUCCCCCUCCCUCACGGCCAGCAGUCAGGAGGACUAUGAGCUCAAGUGUCGCCUGCUCAAGGACACCUUGCAUAUUGUGGACAUGGAGGGCAGGCUGACCGGGAAGGAAAAGCGUGUUGGGGGCUUUGACCUGAUGUGGAACGACGGCCCUGUCAGUAGAGCAGAUGGGAAUGUGGAUACACCAGUCAAUGGAAGCUUCGUGGCAAACACACAUUUAGGUACCUCACUCCUACGCAGCUGGCAGGCACCCCGCUCGAGGUCCUUCACGGUUUGGACAUCACCAAAAGUGCAAAACAUUCUUUUCCCGCAAGAGUAAAGGGACUGGGGGUGAAUUAUCACACAGGCUACAACAAUGACAGGAAAAAACAGCUGAAGCAGCUCUUCAAACCUCUCCCUACGCAGCAGAAAGUUUAAUGCUGAUCCAGAGCACCAGGCAAGAGAAGUUGCAGAGGAUCGAGCUCUUUCACUCCCUCUUCCUCAUAUUGUACAGCAGCAGUUCUCAUUUGUCUUGGACAGUUUUGCUACCUCAGCAUAGGAUGACCGGCUAUUUCUUGGCUCUUGUGUGGGAAUCUUAAACAACAAGUGAACUCUGUUCUGAAGCCAGAGCAACACUAGGAGCGGGUUGGCUUUUAACUCUGACGUGAUGCAGGCAGGUGUUUUGAUUGUGUCCCGGUGUGGUUGACCAGUUCUUCAGUAAAGAAUGAAUUUGUUUUGUUCCACUGUGCAGGCUGUAGCAAGGCUGUCAGCGGGGGGGUCCUAGCAUGAAGGGAACAUUAUCUUGUGUCUACUGCAUAUGGCUCUAGAUCAGCUGUACACACCAUGUUGCAGCCAAAAAGCACUCCUAGCCAUCACUUCGCCUCUGCAUGCUGAAUAAAAUAGAUAAUGCCUUUGUGCUGUAAGAAAUCCAGACGUGCAGCUUCACUGGUCCUCCAUUUGAGGUUAUUGACAUGACUAGAUUUCCUUUAAAGUGUAAACUAUAACAGAGGCUAUACAGACUGCUCAGUAAAAUGGAAGCUUUUAAGAGAGGUGGGCAUUUGAGCCUCCUGCUGCUAUGAUUACAGAAACCUGUCAGAUCAUAAAACCUGUUGCCAUGAUACUGUAGCAGUAACCAUACCGUUAUGUUUUAUGAAGGCACUGAGAGUGGCUCCACUCUUCUGGUUGUGUUAAAAGGGCUCUUGUAACGAAGAGAUUUAGUACCUCUGAGAUAAGGAAAGUCCCUUGGCUGCCUUUGCUACAGCAGAGAUGUCAUUUUCUGGAAAGCUACAGGAGGGGCUAUUCACUAAUGGGAAUUAUUUUUAACUUCUGCAGCUGGAAUGUAAGCUUACAGUGCACAGCUUUGCUUUCGGCCUUUGGAAGCUUAGGUGGACGUCACUCUGAACAAUCUUCGACAUUAGCUAGCUAAAUACAGCCCCCUUCAAAACCAAAGCAGUCAAGCAAAGCUGAUAGAUUUAUCAAACCAGCCCUGGCUUUAAGGAGAGUGGAACAGGCCUAUUCUGGUGCAAACCCACUCCUCCUGAGCUCCACUUAUAUGUGCAAAACUGAACAAGGCAGUGGAUGGUGGGGUGGAAGACCGGCUCAGGAGCAAAUCAUUACAGUUGUUCUGUUUAAACACCUGGUGCUCACCAGCUGUUCAUCCAAUCCAGCAAGAGGGGGAGUGCUAGACAAAGAUAAAGGGUCAGCUACAGUUCUCUGCUGUGUCUACAGCAUUUAUCAAAGCAGAUGCAGUUCUUUCAUUGGCUUGCUAGCUAUUCCUACUGCACUAAAAUUCCCCACCCACAAUCAAUUUCCUGCAGUGCAAACACUUAAAAUGAAAAAGAAUGAAAAUGAUUCUGCUAGGCCCCUUAUUCUCUUUGCUGUUUUCCGAGGAGCUCAACCUUGAGUUUGUCAAAAUUAAAUAGUAAUAAGAUAUAAUGCACCUAUUACUGCACUAUCCUCUAUUGAAGCGAUGAAAUAUGAAGGAGAGCUGCUCAUGGUGGACUUGCCUUAACUCUUUUCCUGUGGUUUUUGCAUUAACAAUUAACUAUACUUUAUCUAGAAACCUUCACGUCUAGAGGGAGAACAGCAGGUUUUUCUUGCCACUGUAUGUUCCUCUUCCCCAAGCCUGUGCACAACCGUAAGCAGUCACAUUUGCCGUUUCAUUAGAGGAGCUAGGAACAGAGGAAUGAGCAGACAUGGGAUUUAGCUAGUCACUAUACUGUUGCCAGCAGAGGCUGCUUCCAACAGCUUCUCAGAAAGGUUCAAGAAAACCUCCUUUAGGUAGUUAUUGAAUAAUCUACCCCCCCAAGCAGUUUCCUCUGAAUUCCCCAGCAUGCCCACACUCCUCUUUCUCCACUCCAAAUCGUUAACGUUUGUCUGAAACCCUGAAGCCUCAGGGUGUAUUUUAAAAACACUAUUAUAGCUCUGCCAAGUCUUAUUUGCCAGUGUGCAAUCCUGUUUUGAAUCUUGCUGUUAGCCUCCCUGUAGCUAACUGUGUAAAGAAAGUAUUUCCUCCAUUUUAUCAGUUCUGAAUUAAUCACCUAGCAAUUGCUUGUUCUUGAGGCAGGAUGAGACACCUCAUCUCUCUUCUCUAAAAGAUUCGCUGGUUUGCAUACUCGUGUCCUUUCCCUAAUGUAAACCAUCCCACUUCUUCCAGAUCUUCUUUCAAGUUUAAUCACAAGAUCCUAGCUCAUAGGCAUGCCCCUUCAGAUUAACAGGCACUCUUGUAUCUCUUGAACAUGUAUGAAAAUUCCUGAAUUUUUUUAAGUGCACAGUUUAAUUCACAAGCAAGCUUUACAACGCAAAGUGUCUAUUUAUUCUUUGAAGAUGCUGUGGAUUCUUUCCCCUUUCCUGCCAAAAGAACACACUAGCUGGGAGAUAAAUUACAGGGGCUCAUAUAUAUAUAUAUAUAUA